CCGCGGGGGUGAGAAGCAGGGGGAGGAAGAGGAUGGGGAGGAGGGGGGCUCCAAUAAAGUCUCUCUUCGUCCACACUCCACACAGCUCGCGAGGACCUGAACUCAGAGUCAACAGGUCGACCGCUGCUCUGAUGAAACUGAUCUUAUAACGUCGGAUUUACACGCGCGUAAUGACGCAUUUGUUCCGGAUGACCUCGCAGACAAUGUCAGGACUUGAAAUGACGCGGGAGUUCCAAGUGCAUUUGGGGUGACUUUUAAACCAGUUGUCCAACCGCCGUGGCACCAUGGAGAACCUUAACCUGCGCUCUCCCAGCACACCUUGCGUGCGCAAUCGUUUCCAAGAGGUGUUCGUGCCUUUUCAAAUAACUGCCCACCUCUCCAUCGACUCUUAGGACAUGCUGUGUUUUAUUCAGACCCCUCGCAAGCAUUUGAGAGACGUUUUACAGCAAUAGUUAGAAAUGCAGGGCCAUUGUGCAGUGAGAAGCUCGUCCGGCGUGUCCGCGGUGCGCUCAUGUCUGCUGCUGCUCUUCCUCCACUUGAGCGCAUCGGUGGAGACGAGGAGAGUGCGCGGCGGUCGGGCGCAAACUCGGCGGGUGCAGCAGCAGCAGCAGACUCUGGCAGACAGGGAGCGGGUGGAAGGACCGGAAAGCUUCCCUCUAGACUUUACAGCCGUGGAGGGGAACAUGGACAGCUUCAUGGUGCAGAUAAAGAACUUGGCACAGUCACUGUAUCCGUGCUCUGCGCAGAAAUUGGAUCAGGACAUGAAGUUGCACUUUUUAGAGAACGCGUCUGUGACGUGCAAUGACGGGUCGCCUGCAGGGUAUUACAUCAAGGAGUCUAAAGGCAGCAAGAGGUGGCUGCUGUUCCUGGAGGGUGGAUGGUACUGUUUCAACAGGCAGACCUGUGACAGCAGGUAUGAGACCAUGAGGAGACUGAUGAGCUCCACCGAGUGGCCACAGACCAGAACAGGAACGGGAAUUCUGUCUCCUCAGCCGGAGGAAAACCCGCACUGGUGGAACGCCAACAUGGUGUUCAUCCCAUACUGCUCCAGCGACGUGUGGAGCGGAGCCACCUCAAAGACAGAUCACAGUGACUAUGCGUUCAUGGGAUCACUGAUCAUUAAGGAGGUGGUGAACGAGCUGCUGACAAAAGGUCUGGAUAACGCCAAGGUUCUCCUUCUUGCGGGAAGCAGCGCGGGCGGCACAGGCGUCCUGCUGAACGUGGACCACGUUGCGGAGCAGCUGCAGUCCCAGGGCCACACAGGGGUGCAGGUGAGGGGCCUGGCCGACUCCGGAUGGUUCCUGGACAACAAACAGUACAAGUUCACAGAGUGCCUGGAUACCAUCAGCUGUGCCCCCACUGAGGCCAUAAAGAGGGGCAUCAGGUACUGGGGCGGCCUGGUGCCCGAAAGCUGCAGGCAGGCCCAUGUUGGAGAGGAGUGGAACUGUUUCUUUGGUUAUAAAGUCUACCCCACAUUAAAAAGCCCAGUGUUCGUGGUGCAGUGGCUGUUUGAUGAGGCCCAGCUGACAGUGGACAACAUCCACCUGAUGGGACAACCCGUCCACGAGGGCCAGUGGAAAUACAUCCAGAACCUGGGGCAGGAGCUGAGGAGCACACUCCGUGACGUACCGGCCAUGUUUGCUCCAGCCUGUUUGUCUCAUGAGCUCAUUACCAGAAGCUACUGGAUGGACAUUCAGGUGAAAGGCACCUCCCUGCCCCGGGCCCUCCACUGCUGGGACCGCAGCCUCCAAGACAACGUCCACAUCAACGCCAGCCACGGCAACCACAGCCACCAAAAGCACAAGCCCCCACCCGUGAGGGGUUGCCCUCGACAUUUGAUCGACAGCUGCCCGUGGCCUCACUGUAACCCCUCCUGCCCGACUAUCCGUGACCAGCUGACGGGACAGGAGAUGAGCGUGAUCCAGUUCCUGAAGCACAUGGGCUUUGACGUGCAGAAGAUGGCUCAGCAGCAGGGCAUGGACCCACGGAAGCUGCUGGGCAUUCUCAAUAAUGGCAACUAAGUCGCCUUUUGUGUGCCGUUCAAGCCAUUCUGCAGGGACGUUGAACAUAAAUGGAAGACAGCGGCUUCUUUGUUCUUCUAAAGAACAAACACAACUGAAUCAGCAUUUGAAAAACUGAACAAAAAAAAACUCACAAGGGACAGUUGAGUUUGAAAUACAAUCAAACCAGAUGAGCUGUUAUUGUGAGGUAUGACACCAAUGCAAUGGCAGCUGGGUGCAGUGUGAGUAUACUGUAAAUGCAUGAUGUGUAUAUGCAGUUGAGACUUGUUAAGUUUAAAAUAGUCUGUAGAGUUUUGAUGAGGAAGCACAGGACUGAAAACACCCGUUUGUUUUACGGGGAUUUGGCGCCCUCUUCUGUCAACUCUAGAAAUCACAUUCAGAAAUCCAUCUGUGGUGCUGCUGUUUCUACCUUCCAUCAAAUGUGCUGCUUUUUAUCAUUUUGGAAAAAAACUAUUCAAUGGUUAAUAUUUACUAAUAAAGGGUACAAAUAUUAAGAUUAUUACCCUAAUAUUGGUUCAUCAGGCUACUUAACAGUGCUUGUAUAUUUAUUUUUCUACUGAAAAUAUCUUGUCACGUACAGUUAGUCAGUGUAACAAUGUCUCCAUACAUUUGACUUUUUUACUUGCAUGUUUAUAUAAAAAAAUGACUGCAUGCAAACAUAUCAUGUUAAUACUAUAUUCAAGGCUGUUGAGUUUGUAACAAAUAUUUUCUUGUGCCGUAGUAGUGCCCACACUUAACACGUGCACUGAUAAAAGCAUAUAUACAAAGAUUUGAUAAAACAUAAUUUAAUAACACAAGUAAGACAGUACAUAUGCGAUAAUCGCCCUAAAAAAACAACUCCAAGAACAAAAUAAAAAAAAAUACAAGGCAUCAUUUACAGUUAUCAUACUCACUCCCACAACAUCCAAAGUUUUUAAACAUUUAUAAAAAUAAAAGCAUAAAAAGUU